AAGAGUCCUAAAAGUUGGUGCAGGAUCGUGAGCGGAACGUUUCGCUCAGCCACCAGUGAGCCGGGCUCGACAGCCCGGGAUAACCCGCGCAGGCGAGGCGUAGCCCCGCCCCGGGGCGUGGCCGGUACCUUCCGGCUGCCACCCCCGCAACCCUCCCUUCGUCUCCAACGACCGGACGAGGCACCUCGCUUUUAUCCCGGUUUCCUGUCGGUGGACGCUCGCUUUGCUCCGGUCUAUCGAUUUGUUUAUUUUUUUAACAAGACAAAUAGGUCAGACGCGUCCCUUCCGAGUGUCGUGUCGUGUCCGUGUUGCGUCCGGCGCGUCGCCGGUGCCGUCGGUGUGUUCGCGAUGGACUGUGUCCGGUGUAGGUGCGGCAACGUCUGCUCGGCGUCUUGCAUCGGAGAUGGAGGCCGUUGAAUAAAGGGUCGAUCUACGAAGUUUAAAGUGCGCAUCAGCACUCAGAGCCGGACUCAAAGCUGCAAUGUACGAAAGCAGCUGCUCCUACGCAGGAGCCUUAGAACUGAAGAGGAGUGCCUUGAAGGAAGAGCCCUGGCCAGCUACCGAGUGGCCUCCUUACCGCCUUCACCAGUCCACUUUCGAGCAGUUGAAGCAAAGUGUGGAAAAGGCCAAGGCUGCGCUACAAGACAGGUCAGGACUGCUGGGCACGGCGACUGCCUUCGGAGACUUCUAUGGAGGACAGCUCGGACAAGAUGCUACCGGAUCCACCUUGGGUUUUGGACGGACAGCCAGGACUGAUGACUCCAUGCUCACGUCGAUGGAUAAGAGCAAGACUAUCGGUUCUGACAAGCUGUCCGGUGGGAUCGGUAAAGGCUACUCCACGCCGACCCUGUCUGACACUCUACGGGCAACGAAAUGUUCAGAUGCCUCAUACAAAAGUACUUGGUCAACACACGCGACGUCACAGGGUUCACAAGGCUAUGGCACUAAUUCGUUAUCAGCCAUGUCGAAGACGACGCUUGAUGCCCACACGCAUCUACGUCAACCAGAUCCAUAUCAAAUGUUUGGACCUACAAGCAGUCGGCUAGCGAACUCAGGUUCAGGACAGAUCCAGCUGUGGCAGUUUCUGUUGGAGCUGCUGAGUGACUCAAGCAACGCCGGCUGCAUCACCUGGGAGGGCACUAACGGGGAGUUCAAGCUGACCGACCCUGACGAGGUGGCGCGCCGCUGGGGCGAGCGCAAGUCCAAGCCAAACAUGAACUACGACAAGCUCAGCCGUGCUUUGAGAUAUUACUACGACAAAAACAUAAUGACAAAGGUUCACGGCAAGAGAUACGCGUACAAAUUCGAUUUCCAAGGCUUGGCUGCGGCCACGCAGCCGGCGGCGAGCGAUCCAGCGUAUAAGUACCAGAGCGAUCUGUUCAUGAGCUCUUACCACCACUCGGCAAAGCUCUCGUCUUUCAUGGCCCCUCACGCGGCCAUGCCAACAUCUACAGCGUCGAUUUUCCCGUCGGCGUCAUGGGGUAACUGGGGCGGCGGCGGAAGUAAUCUCUACUCCCCGCACUCCAUGGCCCCACCGCACGUGACGUCACACCUCGGCUCGUACCCGCACUACGCAUGACCAGUCAUCAACUAAAACCGCGAUUGAUAUUAUUAUUAUUUAUUCCAUAUUAAAAAUUUUAAUCGAUUGUCUUUUUUC